CUUUAAAUGAAUUGGGGUUUUACACGUCCUAUCACUCAUGAGAGCCGCUGGAACAAAAGAGAUAAAAACAACUAUGGAAAUGAAGGAUUUAUCUGCCUUUGAAAACUUAAAAUAUCUGAGGUGAUGCAGGAGCUCAAUAUAAAAGAUUUUUUUUAAGUGAAUUUCUAAAUUUAAGUACAAAACUUACAAAGCUGUAGAAUUACAGCUUCAAAUAUUUUUAGAUGUUGAGCAACAUUGAACUGAGGAUUCGUUAGAAAACACUGACUGAGAGGCUCCUCAUCCUGGAAUGAAGCAGAGCUUUAUAAUCCCUCCCCCCUUUCUUUUACAGUCAGCUCCUCUCUGACUCAACAUUUCCUUAGUCUGUCCCCAUCAGAUCUACAGUUGGAAGAUUAGUGUGACUAACAGGAACUGAGGUUCACAGCACAAACACAAGUGUAGAUAAGAACUCAAACUAGUUUAAUUUCUCAGGAAGUCAAACUCAGACAGCCGUUGUCUCUGAGAGGUGAAAUGGUGGAGAAAGGAAUUCAGCUGGUGGAGGAAACCUUGUCUUGUUCCAUCUGUCUGGAUCUACUGAAGGAUCCGGUGGCUGUUUCCUGUGGACAUAGCUACUGCAUGAAGUGUCUUCAAAGCCACUGGGAUACAGAGGAUGAGAAGAAACUCUACAGCUGCCCUCAGUGCAGGCAGAUCUUCACACCGAGGCCUGUGCUGCUGAAAAACACCAUGUUAGCCAUUUUAGUGGAGGAGCUGAAGAAGAGCGGACUCCAAGCUGCUCCUGCUGAUCACUGCUAUGCUGGAGCUGAAGAUGUGGCCUGUGAUGUCUGCCCCGGGAGGAAACUGAAAGCCCAAAAGUCCUGUCUGCAAUGUCUGGCCUCUUACUGUCAAAAUCACCUUCAGCCUCAUUUUGAAGUAGCUCCUUUAAAGAAACACAAGCUGGUGGAGCCGUCCAAGAAGCUCCAGGAGAACGUCUGCUCUCGUCAUGAUGAGGUGAUGAAGAUGUUCUGUCGCACUGAUCAGCAGUCUAUCUGUACUAUCUGUUUAUUGGACGAGCAUAAAGGCCACAACACAGUCUCAGCUGCAGCAGAGAGGGCCGAGAGGCAGAGAGAGCUGGAGGUGAGUCGACAAAACAUCCAGCAGAGAAUCCAGGACAGAGAGAAAGAUGUGAAGCUGCUUCAACAGGAAGCAGAGGCCAUCAAUUGCUCCGCUGAUAAAGCAGUGGAGGACAGCCAGGAGAUCUUCACCCAGCUGAUCCGUCUCAUAGAGGAACAACGCUCGGAUGUGGCCCAGCAGGUCCGAUCCCAGCAGGAAAGCCAAGUGAGUCGAGUCAAAGAGCUGGAGGAGAAGCUGAGGCAAGAGAUCGCUGAGCUGAAGAGGAAAGACGGCGAGCUGCAGACGCUGUCACAAACACAGGAUCACAACCAGUUUCUACACGACUACCCCUCACUGUCAGCACUCAGUCAACCUACACGCUCAUCCAGCAUCCAUAUCCGUCCUCUGAGGUACUUUGAAGACGUGACAGCGGCUGUAUCAGCAGUCAGAGAUAAACUACAGGAUGUCCUGACAGAGACAUGGACAAACAUCUCACUCACAGUGACUGAAGUGGAUGUUUUACUGCCAAGACCAGAGCCCAACACCAGAGAGAAGUUCAUCAGAUAUUCAUGUGACAUCACACUGGAUCCAAACACAGCACAUAGAAAUCUGUUAUUAUCUGAUGGGAACAGAGAAGCAACACUGACGAGUCAACAGUCUUAUCCUAGUCACCCAGACAGAUUCACCAAUAGUCUACAGGUCCUGAGUCGAGAGAGUCUGACUGGACGUUGUUACUGGGAGGUGGAGAGGAGAGGAGGAGUUUACGUAGCAGUCGCACACAAGAAUAUCAGCAGAACAGGGAGUGGGAAUGAAUGUGGAUUUGGAGGCAAUGACAAAUCUUGGGCGUUAAAUUGUAAUGACAGUGGUUAUUACUUUUGGCACAAAAAUGUCCAGACUCCUGUCUCUGGUCCUCGGUCCUCCAGAGUUGGAGUGUACCUGGAUCACAGAGCAGGUAUUCUGUCCUUCUACGGCAUCUCUGAAACCAUGACUCUCCUCCACCGAGUCCACACCACAUUCACUCAGCCUCUACAUGCUGGACUUACAGUUGGUUAUGAUUCCACUGCUGCUAUAUGUAAGCUGAGGUAGACAGAAGUCAUUUAAAGGAAAAGUGGUUUAACUUCUGUGUUUGAAUCCUUCAGCUUGAUUUUUCUUCAUGUUUGUUGCUGCAGUCAUAUCUUACUGAAGACCAGAUGACUUAAUUACCAAACACAAUCUACUGGAUGGCCAAGCAAACAGAUUUAGAAAUAACACGACAUCUUCAGUGGCUCUCAUGGAAUUUUGUAGAGGAAAUAACAUCAGACACUUCAAACAAGGAAGAUGCUGCAUGAAUCUGACACAAUAGGUCAUCAAUGAUUAAUAAUAAAACGUCAGAAAUAUGGAAUAAGAGGAGGAGCACUCAAUUGGAUCGUUGCUUACUUAGACCAUAAUUCAGUAUGUUCAUAUCAAUCAAGUUCAUUCAGAACUACUACAGGUUCAGUGCUGGGGCCAUUAUGCUUCAUUUAGUAAAUUAAUAUAUGUGAAUGUUCUUUAUACUGACACUAUUUCUAUUUGCUUAUGAUACAGAUUUACUUUAUUACAGUGACAAAAUGAUAAAUGGGUUUUGUGUAUAAAGCAGUUUAUAUUGAUGGUGAUUUUUAAAUGUUAUUGAUCACUAUUUUAUUCUUGCGGGUCUUCGGGGGCUCAGGUUUUCUUAGAUAUAAGUAGGGGGGCUCCAGGUCAAAAGCUUGGGAACCACUGAUUCAGGGAAAUCAAUCAGCCAAGAAACAUUUGGGUUUUUUGGUGAUUUUUUUUUAUUAUUAUUGUAACUAUUCUUA